AUGAGCUCCAUCAAGCUACCGGAGUCCAAAGUUAAAGCCUUAGACCGUGUAUCUAGGGAUUUCAUUUGGGGCUCAACUUCAGAGACACGGAAACAACACCUUAUUGGAUGGGAUAGAGUCUGUUUGCCGAAAGCAGAAGGUGGCUUAGGCAUCCGUAAAGCAAGCCUCAUGAAUAGAGCAUUGCUCGCCAAGGUAGGGUGGAGGUUAUUGUAUGAUGAGACGAGUCUUUGGGCGAGAGUAAUGAGGAGCAAGUACAGAGUGGGUGAUAUUCAUGACUCAACUUGGACAGUCGGGAAGAGUAAUUGGUCCUCUACGUGGAGAAGCAUUGUUGUUGGGUUACGUGAGGUGAUUAAACCAGUCCACGGGUGA